AUGGCGCCCAGGACCUCAACGCAAAAGUCACUCUCGUUCCGGGCGCAAUCCAAGCCCAAAUCAAGCCUCUCGGCAGCGGCCAAGGAUCAGCUCAAGCCGAAAUCCGGCUUCAAGCCCACGGUCCGCACUUCCGUCAAAUCCACCUCGCCGCCUCUCGUCAAGCAAUCCACCAAUAGUACCGUAAAAGAUGAGGCGGAUGCGGCACGGGAGGAGCUCGAUGUCGACGAUCCGCGCUGGGACGGCGUGUGGCGCAGGGCGAAGAGGGCCAUGAAUGUGCCUCCGUCCAAAUCCGUGCACAUUGACCACGAAGACCGCAUCCAACAGACGCUGCGCGUGUUCGAUCUCGAUCCCAACUUUGGUCCAUGCAUCGGACUGUCUCGCCUCGAAAGAUGGCAGCGUGCCAAGGAUCUCGACCUCGACCCACCACAAGAGAUCCACGACAUCCUCACAACAAAGCAGGGCAACUCCAUACACAAGGAAAACGUCUUUUCCUCCCACGGCCUCUGA